AUUUACCUACCCAGCAGUCGUCAGCAGCACUGUUCACCCAGACUUGGUGCGUAGCAACAGAUAUACUACUUCACACCAAGAGCUUCCAUUCAUUCUCCAGUCAGAAUACCACAAUGGGGGGUGAACAUGCUUCAACAUGAUGGCUUAUAUCCUUUGGACUGUGUUUAUAUGGACAUUCAAGGGGAUACUGUGCACCUGCAGGUUCCUCUGGAUUUGCCCAUACAACGCAAUCAAAUUCUUGCCGAGGGAACAACACAUUACAGAGGAGACAAGCCAACAGAUGAAACAACUUGUGGGUUUUGAAAGUAAAGGGAUUGCAGCCAUACCUGGUAGCCCUGACCGCACAACUGCCCUUCAUAAAAGACUGACCAAAACUGAGAAAGAGAUCCUGUCACUCAAGACUAGGAUUGCCUGUGAGAGAGCAUCAUGGGAAAGGAGGUUUGCAGAGCUGCAAAGAAAACAGGAAGAGCUACGUAAUCAGGUGGCCUCUGAGGCUGGAGGGUUGGUGAAAGUGGCCGGUUGUGAUGACCAGGGAGAGUUAGGAGUGGACAAUGGAGAAAUGCUUGAGGAGUGCUCAAGUGGUUUCCCAAGACAGAUGUACCAACACAGAGGGUCUGAGGUGUCAUCAAGAGGUGACACCUAUGCGAGCAGCUUGUCAGGCAGCCAGUUAUCCUCAUCAUCAGCACUGAGCUCAAGAUCUGCCUCCUCCUUAUCUUCAGCCACUAGGUCUUGUGAGAUCAUGGAAGACAUCCCAAGGGCCUCAUCGGGUUUUUGUCCCCCACUCACCCAUGGACCUGCAGCUAGGUCAUCGGGUUAG